CUAGGAAGCUGACGUCACUUCUGUCUGCCAGUCAAACAUCGCGGGGUCAGAUCAGAUACUCCACUCAUGUUUUUAGAGGACUGGGGCUUAUUUACUGACCUGAGGUUCAGUCGUCUGGACUCUUGAGUCCUGCUGAGAAUCACAAUAAUUAUCUAGUUUCCAGCCAGCAGAGCCUCCAGCAGGUUGUUGAACCGGGGUGAAGCCUCCCGCCGCCCGCAGAGCAGAUGUCCGGUUUCAGCCUCCUGCCGGUGGACGGCGGGGAUCCGAUCCCGCUGCCGCCCGGGGAGACGGUGCUGGGCAGGGGUCCCCUACUGAGAGUCAAUGAUAAGAGAGUCUCCAGACAUCACGGGCUGCUGGAGAACCUGGACGGACGGCUGCGUCUCAAACCAACCCACCUGAACCCGUGCUUCGUCCGGUCGUCCCUCACCGACGACCCUCGACCUCUGCAGAAAGAUACCUGGCACCCUCUUCAUCACGGAGACCUCUUCUCUCUGCUGCCGGGCCAGUUUGUCUACAAGGUGGUGGCUCCCAGUCAAUCGUUUGAAGAAGAGGAAGAUCUUCCCGUGUCACCCGAGCCAGAUGUCAAGCCAACUCCAGCUAUUAGACAAAACCGAGAACAGACUCCACCCUGUGAGGAAGCUACGCUAGCGGCUCUGUCCAAUGAAGAAGAAGAAGAAGAAGAAGCCGACAGUCCCAACAGGAAGUUAAAGGAAGUGGAGAAUGACCAGCGUGACGUCGCUCCACCUGCACCGAAGAGGAGAGUUUUACCCGCGUGGAUGAUGGCGGCUGUUGCGGCGCCACACACGUCUUCCUCCUCCUCCUCCCCGAAAGCUGUAAAGAGAAGAAAAGAACCUGCAGCGGCGUCAACCAGCACGAAGCGAGCAGCAGCCAAACAGGCCACGCCCACCACGACCUCCUCACCUGAGGGGGCGGAGCUCAGCGAGGAGGAGGAGGAGGAGAUGCCGAAGAAGAAGAGGAGGAGGAGGAAGAUGAGCGAUGAAGAAGAAGCUAAGUCCAAAACAGACUUUCCUUCGCAGGAGCCCGCAGUCGGGCUGCAGAGUGAACCCGACAAAACGCAGGAGGAGAGCGACAACGAGUCCGAUAACUUCGCCAUGGAGGUGGAAGAGGAAGGACGGGGAGGCGAGACGUCGGCGGCCGACAGAAGCUCCACGACACGGACGUCUGACGCCAGCGGAUCGAAGAACAACAAAACAACAAAAAACGGACAAACGACGAGCAAAAAAGCAAAAAAUGGCGGCUCUGCGUCCAAACCCGGACUCAGAACGGCGUGUCCGUACGGAAAGGACUGCUACAGGAAGAACCCGGUCCAUUUUCAAGAGUGCAGUCACCCCGGUGACACUGAUUACGAGGAGGAGGAAGAGAAGGAGGAAGAGGAGGAGGAGGAGGCAGACCGACCCGAGUGCCCCUACGGCACCGACUGCUACAGGAAGAAUCCUCUUCACAGGAAAGAAUACAAACACACAAAGAGACCAGCUCGAACCACACGUACCGUUCCCAAGUCGUCCCCCGCCGAUGACGACGACUUCGAGGACGACGACGACGGCUUCAUUAACGACAGCGAGGACGCGGGAGAUGACUCAGACUACGCCCCUCCUGACUCAGACGACAGCGGUAAGGAGGACAUCAAAAGACUGCAGAGAGAAGCAAAGACCUUUCUGAAGAGGAAAAAGUAGACUCAGCCCCCCCCCCCCCUCCUCUCUUGUUUUAUUUGUUUGUUUGUUUGUUUGUUUUGAAGCUGCACCGGGCGGCUUUUUAUGUGCACCAGUUUAAUGAGACUAAAUCACCUGGAGGAGCUGCAGCAGAGAAACACAAAAAAUCUCACCAGCUGAGCUGAGAAUGAGUCCAAACAGUAACGUCUGACCUACGAUUUGUAAUCUUACUGACUUAUUCUUUGAUCAGAUCCUGAUUUAAAUCAAAAUUGACCAAUUUGACACCAGAGUUUUGUACAGCUGUCUGUGUUCACACUUUUUACAUGUUAGAACUUUGGCUUCUUUUGUUCCAUAACAUCAAAAGUAAGAUAUAUAUAUAUAUUUAAAAAACAUCUAAUGAUACCCAGCCCUGGUGCCUGUCAGCGUGUGUCAAGUAGUUAAAGUUGAAAAUCUCAUGAAUUUUUUACCAUUUUUAUGCAUUUUUUAUUUCAGCAAAGUUCUUGUUUGUGUUCAAGGAUAAAACACUCGAUUUUCUUCUUCUUCUUCUUCUUUUUGUCAUUUUUAACCUUCCAAAAAAAAACAGCACAGGAAAGAAAAAAAGCAAGUAUAUGUACAUAUCAUAUACAUACAUGCUUAUACAUACAGGGCACAUUGCAGGAAAUACACAUAACGGCCGAUAUAACACAAUGAUACACAAACACAGAUACCUUGUUCCUCCACACAGGAAGUGACAGACGUGACACAUAAAAGCAGCAGUUCGAGCUCUGUGGACCCUCCGCUGUUUACUCACAUCCCCCUGAAAACAUUUCUUAAAUUCAUAUCUGUCAACCCUUCGCAGGGGUCGUCAUGGCAACCGCAAAAACACAACAACUGACUUUAAAUAAACGUGUGUUUUUUUUUUUUCCGUGUGAUCUAAAUGAAGUAAAAAUGUUCCCUGCGUGCUGCGAGUCCAGACUGUUUACAGGCUUUGAUGGGUUCGUGUUUUGGGGGACUGGGACGCAUCAUUUAGAGUGCUUUCUAAACUGGGAAUCACUGGAAAUACUCCCAACAGCAGUCUGGAGAAGGAUUAGUCUUUUUAUAACAUCUUUUUAUUUCGGUUGAAGCUCCACCUGUUAUUGUUGUUGUUGUUGGGAUUCAUUCUUGCCUUGUAAAUAUGUAUAAUGUUGUAGUUUAAAGUAUAGAUCUUUAUAUUUUUUACUUUAUUUGUUGGACUGUUUUUUACUUUGUUCAAAUACAUUUGUUCAAAAUGAA